AUGGGGUGUGACGUGCGGAAACGUCACGGGAAUUCCCCCCUUGGGGGAGCGGAUAAGGGACUUUCCCUGGUCGGAACCCCGCAAGCUGGAUCCGUGUCGAGACCCAGCCUAAGCGGGUCGGGCCAGGAGCGAAGCGGGAACGGAGCCGCAGCCGCGCCCUCGGCCGGACCGGAGCGGGCCAUCGAAUUUGACAAAGGGAUGCAGUGCGACAACCGGGAACCCAGACCCCGACACCCACCUGCACGAAGGCCGGCGGACCCCAGCAGCGUUCGUUCCCCGGCGCCGGCCUUAGAGGACUUCCACGGCCGAGGUCCCCUCCAGCUGGGGAUGAGGCUGCAGGACUCCCGGGCCUGCGGCCCCUCCCGCCGCGGGAGCGGGGCAGUGACGUCAUUUCCAGGCCCGCCCCCUCCGGCCCCGCCCCCCCUGCUCCGGAUCUCGCCCGCCACACUCGGACGGGCGGCUGGCGGAGAUCGGACCCUCCCCCAAACCUGGAGCCCCCUUCUCCCGCCCACCCCCGGCCUGAUCCGUCUCUUCUCGCUGCCCGCCUCCCCCCAAGUCGCGCACCUGAAACUCUGGGGAGUAGAACCCGGCUGGAGCUGCAGACAGAGCCGGGCCCUGCCCAGAGACAUGGACAGUUGCUACGACCAAAUGAGUCGCUACGACCAAGCUCUAGAUCGUUUCAUUGACUAUGAUGAUUUCAAACUCAAUUCUUCCAUUGUGGAGUCCAAGGAGCCGGCCCCAGAAACAGCUGAUGGUCCCUACCUGGUGAUUGUGGAGCAACCCAAGCAGCGAGGCUUCAGAUUUCGCUAUGGCUGUGAAGGACCCUCCCAUGGAGGACUGCCAGGUGCCUCCAGUGAGAAAGGCCGGAAGACCUAUCCCACAGUCAAGAUCUGCAAUUACGAGGGACCAGCCAAGAUCGAGGUGGACCUGGUAACACACAGCGACCCACCUCGCGCUCAUGCCCACAGCCUGGUGGGCAAGCAGUGCUCAGAGCUGGGGGUCUGCACUGUGUCUGUGGGGCCCAAGGACAUGACUGCUCAGUUUAACAACCUGGGAGUCUUACAUGUGACCAAGAAGAACAUGAUGGAGAUCAUGACGCAGAAACUUCAGAGGCAGAGACUCCGUUCCAGGCCCCAGGGCCUUACAGAUGCUGAGCGGCGGGAGCUGGAGCAAGAGGCCAAAGAGCUAAAGAAAGUGAUGGAUCUGAGUAUUGUGAGGCUGCGCUUCUCUGCCUUUCUCCGAGCCAGCGACGGCUCCUUCUCCUUGCCCCUGAAGCCGGUCAUCUCCCACCCCAUCCAUGACAGCAAGUCUCCUGGAGCCUCAAACCUGAAGAUUUCUCGAAUGGACAAGACAGCUGGCUCUGUGCGAGGAGGAGAUGAGGUUUACCUGCUUUGUGACAAAGUGCAGAAAGAUGAUAUUGAGGUUCGUUUCUAUGAGGAUGAUGAAAAUGGAUGGCAGGCCUUUGGGGACUUCUCUCCCACAGAUGUUCAUAAACAGUAUGCUAUUGUGUUCCGGACACCCCCCUAUCACAAGAUGAAGAUUGAGCGCCCAGUUACUGUGUUCCUGCAAUUGAAACGCAAGCGUGGAGGGGAUGUCUCCGACUCCAAACAGUUCACCUAUUACCCACUGGUGGAAGACAAGGAGGAGGUGCAGCGGAAGAGACGAAAGGCCUUGCCCACCUUCUCCCAGCCCUUUGGGGGUGGCUCCCACAUGGGUGGAGGCUCUGGAGGCCCUGCUGGGGGUUAUGGAGGAGCUGGAGGAGGAGGUAGCAGCCUGGGCUUUUUUCCCUCCUCCGUGGUCUACAACCCCUACUCGUCCGGCGCAGCCCAAAUGGGCUGCUAUCCCGGAGGCGGGGGCGGGGCACAGAUGGGCUCCUCGGUGCCUGGCGCUGAUGCCAAGGAGGAACCAGUCGACCCGAGCGCGGCCCAGAGUGAGCCUCCAGCCCCGGAGAUGCUUGCGCGAGCCCGCGAAUACAAUGCGCGCCUGUUCGGCCUGGCGCAGCGCAGCGCCCGAGCCCUGCUGGACUACGGCGUCACCGCGGACGCGCGCUCGCUGCUGGCAGGACAGCGCCACCUGCUGACCGCGCAGGAUGAGAACGGAGACACGCCACUGCACCUAGCCAUCAUCCACGGGCAGACAAACGUCAUUGAACAGAUAGCCCACGUGAUCUAUCAUGUCCCACACCUUGGCAUUGUCAACCUCACCAACAACCUCCAUCAGACGCCCUUGCACCUGGCAGUGAUCACUGGGCAGACCAGCGUGGUGAGCUUCCUGCUGCAGGUGGGUGCAGACCCCACACUGCUGGAUCGGCAUGGGGACUCCGCCAUGCACCUUGCACUGAGGGCUGGUGCCCCUGACCUGCUGCGGGCACUGCUUCGGAGUGGGGGUCCAGCCGUGCCCCAUUUACUGCACAUGCCAGACUUUGAGGGGCUGUACCCAGUACACCUGGCAGUCCGUGCCCGCAGCCCCGAGUGCUUGGAUCUACUGGUGGCUGACGGAGCAGAGGUGGAGGCUGCAGAGCGACAGGGAGGCCGAACAGCCCUGCAUCUGGCCACAGAGAUGGAGGAGCUGGGGCUGGUCACCCAUCUGGUCACCAAACUUGGCGCCAAUGUGAACGCCCGUACCUUUGCUGGGAACACACCCCUCCACCUGGCAGCCGGCCUGGGAUCCCCAACCCUCACCCGCCUCCUUCUAAAAGCUGGUGCUGACAUCCAUGCAGAAAAUGAGGAACCCCUUUGCCCACUGCCUUCACCCCCAACGUCUGGUAGUGACUCAGAUUCUGAGGGACUGGAGAGGGACACACGAAGCAGCUUCCGGGGCCACACACCUCUUGACCUCACUCGAAGCACCAAAGUGAAAACCUUACUACUAAAUGCUGCUCAGGACACCAUGGAGCCUCCCUUGACCCCUCCCAGCCCAGCAGGACCAGGGCUGUCACUUGGAGAUGCGGCCUUGCAGAACCUGGAGCAGCUGCUGGAUGGGCCAGGAGCCCAGGGCAGCUGGGCAGAACUGGCAGAACGCCUGGGGCUUCGCAGUCUGGUGGACACGUACCGAAAGACAGCCUCCCCUAGUGGCAGCCUCCUGCGCAGUUACGAGCUAGCUGGAGGGGACUUGGCAGGUCUACUGGAUGCUCUGUCUGACAUGGGCCUAGAAGAAGGAGUGAGGCUGCUGAGGGGUCCAGAGCCCCGAGAUAAGCUGCCCAGCACAGCAGAAGUGAAGGAAGAUAGUGCUUAUGGGAGCCAGUCAGUGGAACAGGAGGCAGAGAAGCUGGGCCCACCCCCUGAGCCACCAGGUGGGCUUUGCCAUGGACACCCCCAGCCUCAGGUGCACUGA